AUGGAGCAAACUUAUGCCUUUUCCUGUCAACGCUGUAAACAACCCUUAAAAAUUGAUGAAACGCUAGCGGAUCUGGAUGCAGAUUCCGUAGAUAUCUUGUUAGCAAGUCCGGAGGAGAGUAUAACUUCAAGAUAUACAGAUCACCGGCUCGGAAAUACCGGAAUCAAGACGAGUUCUAAACAAAUUUCCUUUAAUGAUAUUGAAGAUAAUAAUGAACUGUCAGCGUCAAACUCAAGAUCUGUUUCUUCCCCAAAGAAUCCUUCUGGACUUUCGCGAUCUCCUAAUGGAAGCAUUAGUAACAAAGAAUCGUUCUUAGCACCUUCUGAAUCAUAUGUAAUGUUAUCACGUUCACAAGUCGCACCACAUCAUAACGAUCAUUCGUUACCAGAGCGAAAUUCACUUGAUGGAAAAGCCGAAGAAAGAAAAAAAGCGGAUUGGAGUAAUCGGCUUAAAAUCGCAAAUCGAUUAUUUGAUGUUAUGUCGUCAAGAUCGGAAAUUGAACAUCCCAUGUGUCAUGAAUGUACCGAUAUGUUACUAGACAGUUUGAAAAAAAGCUUGGCCGAUGCUUCUAAAGAAAGAGAUUGUUAUAUAGACUUUCAUAAGAAAGUUAAUGUGAACUCUAACGAAUUGGCUGCAAUUAAAAAAUUAGAGAAUAUCGAGUACGAAAGGGAUGCAUUGAAACAAGAGAUGGCUGCAUUAGAGGAAGAAGCAAAUGAACUUGAUAAGCUUGAAGAAAGUUAUUGGCAAGAAUUCAAUGAUUUUCAUAUUCAGCUACAAACAUUUCUAAAUGAAAGAGAUAGCAUCAAUCUGAAAUUUGUUCAUGAUUCCAAUCAAUUGGAAAAGCUCCAAAAAACCAAUGUUUAUAAUGAUGCAUUUUGUAUUGGUUUAGAUGAUCAAUUUGGAACAAUAAAUGGAUUUCGAUUGGGCAGGUUACCUCAUAUACAGGUUGAUUGGAGUGAGAUCAAUGCCGCUUGGGGUCAAACAACUCUGUUACUUUCUACGAUCGCAAAUAAACUUAAUUUUACAUUUCAAACAUAUCGAUUAGUCCCUUUAGGAUCGUUUUCUAAGAUUGAAAAGAUUGAUGAUGAUACAAGUUAUGAACUUUAUGGGUCUGGUGAUUUUUCAUUAAAAACUCCAUUCUUGAAUAAUCGUUUUAAUAAUGCGAUGGUAGCCUACUUAAACUGUUUGCAACAGUUGGGAGAUUAUGCUGAACAGCAAAAUCGUAAAUUAAAAUUACCAUAUCGUAUUAACAAGGAUAAAAUUGGUGAUGUAUCUAUAAGAUAUCAAUUUAAAGGCGAAGAAACAUGGACAAAAGCACUUAGAUAUACUUUAACUAACAUAAAAUGGAUCUUGGCUUACGCUGCUAGUUUAGCAUCAUCAAAAUGA